AUGUUCCAUUUCAAACAAACUACUACCAAAUGGAACUAUUUUGUGCUCACUUGUACAAGAAAUCCUUGUGAUUGGAGAGUUCGCGCUAAGGAAAUACAGGACUGCGGCUAUUACCAAAUUACAGAAGCACAUCUUCAACACUCAUGUGGCAUAGAGACCCGACAGGUGUUUGCUUCCAAAGCAUCCGCUCGAGUAAUUUCAGAUGUCUACAAAGCUCAAUUUGGUGAUCCGGUCAAUGGUCCAAGGGCUAGGGAUUUGCAAAAACUCGUCCUUGAAGAUCUUCGAGUUAAUACUUCAUACAUGACAUGUUACAGAGCAAAAGAAACGGCUGUCAAUGGUGUCCGAGGUUCUGAUGAUGAUUCCUACAGCAAGUUACCCGAGUAUUUGUACAUGCUCAAACUUGCAAACCCAUGUUCUGUGGCUGACUUGGAGACAGAAACAGACGAGCUAGGUUUUAUUAGGUUUAAGUAUGUUUUCUUAUCUUUCGCUGCUUCAAUCCUUGGUUUCCGCAGGCUCAGACAUAUUAUUGUUUUAGAUGGAACCCAUUUGACCAGGAAAUUUAAAGGAGUCUUGUUAACGGCAUGUGGACAGGAUGCUAACUUCCAAGUAUAUCCAUUGGCUUUUGGAAUUGUGGAUUCCGAGAACGAUGAUGCGUGGAUAUGGUUCUUAACAAAAUUGGAACGCAUAUUGGCUGACAGUUCAAACCUUUCUAUUAUUUCAGACCGACAUAGGUCUAUCCUAACGGCGGUUAAACAUGUCUAUCCCCGAGCACAUCAUGGCGCAUGUAUUGUUCAUUUGCAAAGGAAUGUUACGUCAAGGUUCAAGAACAAGAGCCUAUCUAAAUUGGUUGGUAUGGCUGCUUUUGCUUACAAGGUCAAAAGAUUUCGUGCUAUCUUUGCGCAAAUCAAUUCUACAAAUGCUGCCUGUGCUAAAUACCUCCACGACAUCGGUAUUGUCACAUGGGCAAGAGUUCAUUUUAAAGGAGACAGAUAUAACCUAAUGACAAGCAACGCUUGUGAGCAGCUUAACAAAUAUUUGUGCGAAGGAAGAAGCUCCCCCAUUUUGGAACUCUUGCAGUUCAUUCAAUCCAUGAUGACGCGUUGGUUCAGUGCUCGCAGGAAAAAAUCCCAACGCCAUAAAGGAAUUAUUACUCCUGAAGUGGAUAAAGAAAUGACCCUGAAUCUCAAAAGGGCAAAGGGCAGCAAAAUCAACACCAUUUCUAGCUGGAGUUUGGAAAUAAUAGGACAGUUCGGGAAAAAAAAUAACGUUUUACUGAAAGACCACAAAUGUACCUGCAUGAUGUACGAAAGAUUGAAGAUUCCUUGUGUCCACGCCCUAAUGGCUGCUGACUGUGUCGGGCUCCCCUAUGGAUCGCUUGUGGCUGAUUGUUUCAAAACAAAGGCAUGGUGUGACACUUAUCAAGCUAUAAUAUCGCCUGAAGGAGACCCCAAGGAUGUCGAUAUACCUGACGAGGUUAGCUACUUAGUUUUGCUACCACCAAAAACACGGCGGCCAUCCGGUCGUCCUAAACAGGUGCGUUAUACUUCUACAUGA